AUGUCGAACGGCAGAGUGUACGAUCCCAUACACGAUGUAUUCCAAGUCCAGCGGCCGCAGGACCCAGCGCCUCCAAUCCUAUCUCAAUCAGGCCUGCCAGGAGAGACAGCAGCCGGUUUGGGUGCUGGCGACGAGCAGGACCAGGACGACGAGUCCACCCAAUCCGACGAACUGCCACAGCCGGUAGGGUACGUGGCUGCCUCUGCGAAGCCCGCUAUGUCGGCUUCUCUUUCUAAGAAAAAGGGCAAGGAGCCCAGCCGAUACACUCGUCAUCUGAAGAAACAAGAUGGGGAGCAAUUUACAAGGAAGGACAUACAGUUUGCAUUUUUGUACGAGCUGCUUUCGGACAAAAGGCAGAUAUUUGAAAACACAUGUGUGGGCUCGUUUUCGAUAUCGGCGGGUCCGCCGACAGCCGAGAUUUUGAAUGUGACAGACGUUACAUACACAGCGCGCAACUUCAUCGGGAAUUCGCGGCUGACCUUUUCGCAGUUGUACGUCUUGACGAUUGCGUCAUCCAAGAAGUGUUCCAAGAUCCUUCGCGACAAGCUGCUGUUUGACCACCAGGUGGCAUUCUCCACGUGUGUUCUCUCACUACUUGUGAACUUCGGCCGUCUCAAUACCACUGUGAACUUUUUCCCAGAGAUGACUUCGCAGUUGCGGACCUUCCACUCUAUUCCGUGCCUGCAGCACCAAACGAGAGACCCAAAGUCACUGCAGGACACUCCGCGUAUCAAGUCGAUACUGAAGACUAUUCCCACAGGACAAGAGACUCUGAAACUGUCGGCAUGGUACUCCUCAUCGGAACGCCAUUUUCGCGUCAAUCCAGUGAACCUAUUGUUUACAAUAUGCGAUAAUCCACAGAUUGUGAAUGAACACUUCGUUUCGGGGUACGUUGAUACAGAUACAACGCUUUUUGAGCUGUUUGAUUCUCCGAAGUACCAGCCAAAGGAUAGGGCAGAUUUCUUUCUGUGGCUUCUUUACAUACACCUGGAGACAAAACUAACACCGAACGAUAUCCAUAACUCCUUAUCCUUGUUCGGUGUCGAAGAUAAAUUCCCUAUGCGCGUGGCUACAGAAGAGUAUGAUAUAGAUACAGAAUCCGAACUAAUAUUUGGAGAACACCAGAACCAGCGCCGGCUACGAUUCCUGAAGAAGCACCCCAGGAAGUCUAUUUCAGAGCCGCAAUCAUCGCAGCAGCGAGAGAGCGAGCAAAAAGAAGAGGAUGUGGACGAAGAUUAUGCAGGCAGUGCCCCCAUAUUGGAAACUGCGAACGACGCAGGUUCUCGUGAUCCCGCAUCGAAAACCACAGGAUCUAAACAUGCCACCAGGAACUCAAAUAUGCGUCCCAGAACCAGGGUUAAGGUUAUACACCAAGAACUCCAACAAGAUACACCUGCAAUCACCGAGUCUCCUCAGCAGGACCAGCUCCAUGAGGAGGAUGUGACUACAUGGGCUCAAGAAGUCGAUGAAAUGAUCGAAAUAGACUCAAAAGUCAAAGUAGCUCCCAAUAUAACACAUUCCGAGGCUCAGCAUUUACUGCUAGAGACGCAGGCGAUUGCUAGGAAGAAAAGGCAAGAACUUGGUUUGAUAAAGGCAUUUGAUGAGUAUGAAGAUGUCACACUAGCAACUGUGAUAGGAGUUCGCGGAAAGAAAAGAAAGAAGUUCAACGAUGGAGUGUUAGGUUAUGAAACUGAUUAUAUGAAUCAUCUGAACGCUGCGAAGAAGAUAUUUCUGAAAAAACUAGAUGAGCCACUGCCAAAUGAAAACUUCUGUCUGUAA